AUGGAUGAUGAUGGUGAUGAUAAUGGUAAUGAUGAUGAUGACCACGAUGAUGAUGAUGAUGAUGAUGAUGAUGAUGAUGAUGAUGAUGAUGACGAUGAUAAGGAUGGAUUGUGCAGAAGACAAACACCGGAUCUAGGAGAAAAAAAGGGGAAUCAUACACAAAAAUUAGGUGAACAUAAAAAAAGUAGGAUGAGGGAACAAAAACUACGUCAAAGCUAA